UUGAACUGUGCCGCGUUGUGAUUGGCUGUUUUCCUUUGUGAUAAUUUGGGAGGGAAAGUAGGUGGGAGUAGAAAGUGCCGAAAGUGGCCGUUGAAUUUGAACAAUGAACGUGAUCAAAAUUUUACAAUCAACAAAAACAAAUCAAAAUUCAAAUUUUGAAGUGUUGUUCGCGUAGUGAGAAAAUGGAUAAUAAUAUGAAUUUAUCGUGUUAGAUUCCGAACAACUUCUGCCAAAAGUAUUGAUCGCUUCUAGAUGGAUUCCGCAGAUGAUACCGGUGUUUUUUCACCGCCGGUUACGACGCGAAUUAUUGCCCGUGAUCAAAAUGUUGAUAAUGAGAGAGAUGAAGCAGAAAGUGAUGGAACAGAUGUGUUUUCGCCAGAUGUUUCUUUGCAGUCUGGUUUGGUUAAAUCUUUGAGAUCAAAUGACAGUAAAGAAAAUACACCACCGGUGACUCAAAUACCACUAACGCAGCAUUCGGGAAAAAGAAAACGCGGCAACGAAGUUGAAAAUCCAGAAGUUAAACGCAAAAAACGGUUCAAUUGGAGCGCCGAAGAAUCGGUGGAUAAUUCUAAAAGCGACGAUAUUGAUAUUCUAUCGUCGGGGAAUAAUGUAGCUGCUUCUCAAGAUGAGAAUAAAAUCAAGCGAAAGAAAGGUUUCGUGAUAGUUUCCAAUACUCCAGAUAAAGAAGAUAGCUCAAAUUAUUCCGAUUUGUUUGCGAAGCAAAUUUCUACUUAUGAUCAUGAUUUUCAUGAUGAACAAAAAGAUGUAGCUGAAAACGAACGCUCUGAUAUACUUUCACCAAAUGAUGCUUCCUUGCAAUCUGGUGUAGUCGGAACUUCGGAACCGAUUGAUAACGAAGAGAAUGCCCCACCGGUUACACAAAUGCCAUCUUCAUCGCAGCAAUCGGACAUCGAAAGUAUUUUCGAUGAUUUUGAAAAUCAAGAGGUUGAACGCAAAAAACGAUUUCAGUUGAGCGCAGAAGAAUCAGUGGAUAAUUCUAAAAACUAUACUGAUCUUUCUUUGUUGAGAACUGAUGCAGCAGCUUCUCAAAACGAAAAUAAAAUCAUGCGGAAGAAAGGUUUUGUCGUAGCUUCCGAUACACCGGAUAAUUCCAAUUAUUCGGAUUUGCUUGACAUGGAUAAAUCGGCGUCGCAAGUCAGAAAUAGAGCCGCACGAAAACCUCCUUUCAUUUCUCCGAGUUUUGAAGAUAGUCUUCAGUUGUUAGACGUAUUCAAAUCCAGUUCAAAGAAUAAAAAGCGAACGCACAAGUUCACAACUCCGAAAAGUCCAGUGAGUCAAGGAAAUCGUUAUUCCGAAGCAUUGAAAUCUUCACAAGAUGACAAAAAAGCGAAACGAAAUCCUCGUUUUAUUGCACUUUCGAGUUCUGAAGACAAUACAAGGUAUUCGGAUAUAUUCGACUGCGUCCCAAAGAGUCAGAACAAAACGAAACGAAAUCGUGCUUUUGCGGAUCCAGUUUGUUCGCAGGAAAGUGAAGACAGUCACUGUUCCGGAUUAUUUGAUUCAACUCCAACUGUCGUAGAUAAAGUGAAACGGAAGACUCGUUUUGUUUCGUUCAAUACUCACGAAAGUGAAGACGACAGUCUUGGAUAUUUGGAUAUAUCAGUUGCCCAAAACAAAACUGCUGAAAAAAAGCUUCAUUUUGUCGAUACAACUAAAGAUAGUUUACAUUAUUCCCACUUGAUACUCGAGCAGAGCGAAAGUAGUAUUGCAAAGAAGCGACCGUUUGUUGAUCCGGCGUCUCAAACUUCUGAAAAUGAUACAAAUUAUUCCGCAUUAUUGAUAUCAGAGAACGAAAGUAGCGUUGAAAAAAGACGCCCUUUUGUUGAUCCAACUUCUCAGGAAAUUAAUGAUCAUUUAAAUUAUACCGACGUGAUUUCCAAAAACGAGAAUACCGGAUGCGCUGCAAACGCUACUAACCAAUAUUCUGCACUGUGUGAAAAUUCGCAUAAUAGUGAUCAACCGAAAAGUGAGAAAUCAAGCGGAUUCAAUUUCACAUCGGUUCGAUCCAUUUGCAUUGAUACACUUCAGAGUUCGCCCAACGUCUCGUUGCAGACUUCUGACGUAGACAGCUUACAUUAUUCCGAUGUAACCAUUUCAAACGACGAAACCGAUAAAACCGCUGCGAAUGACACUGAUGAUCAAUCUGCAUCUUGUGAAACUUCUCAGGGUAACGAUCGGCAAAGCAAUGAAAAAUCAAACGGCUCUGAUUUCACGUCUGUUCGAUCCAUCUGCAUAGAUACGUUUCGUAACUCGAAUGAUAUUUCGUUGCCACCGUCUAGUGCAGAAGUAACCAGUAAACCGAUAAAUUUCACGUACGAUGUAUCAACUUCGGCAUUUUGUCAACUCGAUGAUAUUCCGACAUCGAUAAAUACUGAUUUUCCAUCGCAAAUUGGCUCUCCGAAAAGCGUACCUGUCAUUUCAGCGGCGAAUUUAACCUACGAUGUACCAUCUUCGGCGUUCAACCAGCGCGAACAUGUUUCACUGCCAGAAAAUAUCAAUAUGUCGAGAGUGAAUGAAUCAAAAAAUAAUUCGAUUUUAAAUUUAUCGGAUGAGCGUACUCUAGUUAGUUCAAAUUCUCUAGAAGAAGCUAAUGAAAGCGAUACUUUGAUCGAAUCCAAAAUCGACACGUCCAACACUCAAGAAUCUGCCAUGGUAAUCGAUGAAUCUGCAGACGAGAAUGAAAGUUCGCAAAAAUUCAGUUUAGUGGUUGAGGAAUCUAAAGAUGAGAGUGACGACGCCUUGGAAUCGUGUUCGGUGCAUAAUGAAUCUGAAAACAAAAAUUUCAGUACCUUGGAAUCUGCUUCUGUAACCAGUGAAUCUGAAAAUGAACCUGCCAGUAAACUGGAAUCCAAUUCGUUGCCAGAUAAAUCUGUAAAUGAGACUGGUAUCCCGCAAAAAUAUUUUCCGGCGACGGACAAAUCUGAAACUGAAUGUAUCGACUCUCGCGAACCGGUUUCAAACUCUGAUAAAACUCUCUGCCCUGCAGAAAAUUCUAAAAAUCAAUACGACGAAAUUCCCGAAUCGAAUGUUGAUCCUGCCAUACCAGCACAAUCCACGUUGAUGAAUACGAUUUCAAACUCUUCGAAUUUGCCUGCGUCAAAUGAAAAAAUCGUCGAAGAAUCUGUCUAUGUGGCUUUCAACCCUUCCAGUUUAAUGUUAUCGGUAACCGAGCUCGUUGAUGCGUCUCCGGAAGAUCAAACUCGCCAUGUUUCAUCCGCUGAAAUCAAAUCAACUCAGUCUGAAAACCAGAUACAUUCGCCCAGCGAUUCUCAAAGUAACGAAUUACCAUCAUCUGCGUUACCUUCAGCUGAAGAAAAUAUAAAAGAUCACGAUUACGCAAUGGCUCACGUUUCCAAUAUGGAAGUAGCAGUCGAAAAUCCUAUUGCCGAGGUCGUCGUUGAAAGUUCAGAGAAAUCUGUCACUGUAGAAAUUCCUUCUCCCAGUGCCGUAGAAAUUUUGAAAGAUUCAGCCGAGACACCAGAUGAUGUUCUUUUUACUGGGGAAAUUCCACAAGAAUCGAAUGUGGAAGAAAUUGCUCGUGUUUCGUCCCCUGAAAAAGUACCAGAAAAGCAUGAUGAUGCAGCGAUAGCUCACAACAUUGAAAAAAUAGGAGAAGAAUCAGCCAAAACAUCCACCGGUGAUAUCCCAUCUCCUAAAGAAACUCCGAAGAAACAACCAUCUCCAAAUGCCUCGUCUCAGUCUGCAAAUUACUCUCUUCGUUCGCGAAAAUCGCUUCCUCUGCAGCAACCAUUAGUAACGGUUGAAAACCCGGAUACAAUUUCAUCUCCGAUGUCUACUUCAAAUGUGAAUCAAUCUCGCAAAAAAUCUCCGGCACCUACAACAAGUUUGAACCAAUCUCGCGAGAAAUCUCCCAUACCUACAGCAAAUGCGAAUCAAUCUCGUGAAAAAUCUGUAUCAAAUGAUCUUUCACAAAAAUCCAAUCGUUCGCUGCGUUCGAGAAAUUCGCGUUCUGCCAGUAUUCAGUCUGAUGAGAAAUCCAUCGCUUCAAUAGAUUUUUCACAAAAAUCUACUCGUUCGAAACGUUCACGUAGUUCUCAAAAGACACCAGAACCGGUUCCUAGUUCUUCUGCGGCUGCUAUGAACGAUACCGAUGGCGGACUAUUCAACGAUUCAAAUCCAGUGAGCGGAAUCGCUAUGCAAAAUUUCACCGAAGCUUCAUCACGUGCCGGAAGUUAUUCUUCGCGUUCGAGAAACUCAACUUCCUCGAAUACUCAAACAUUCGCUUCGAGGAGCUCGGUCAGCGUUUUUUCAAUAUCCAAGAUCGGUCGUCCUUCAUCCGCUCCUCAUGAAUUUAAAGUACCAGAAGUACCCAAAGUUGUGCCAAAAAAGAAGAAAAAGAAUGAUCCUAGUUUUAAUCAUUUGCCAUCCAAGCCGAAUUUUCCGAAAUUCGAUUUUUAUUGUAAUAAAAGAUUUUAUGAUUAUUUAACCAGCAAAAUGGAACCGAAAUUCGGAAUAAGAACUAAUAACGAGGCUGUAAAACUGGCACGUUAUAUCAGCGAAGUUGUACGGGAAGUGAUUGCUAUGAAAACGGGAGAUCAUCAUAUUUUGGUCGAAGAAAUGAAAAAAGUAUUAUUCCGAAAGGGUAUCGUUACAACGCAUUAUAAUUUUUAUAUAUUUUGUAUGGAUUAUAUGCCACCUUGGUUUAGACGAAAAGCUGUACCAAUGAUGCAACCUGUGAAUUGUCCUCCCAAUGUAACGUUCAAUUUGCAAGUUUUGUUUGAUUCUAUUGAAUAAUGUAAUUAUUUAUGUAUGUAUUAUUUUUUUUAACUUUUUAUUAAGCAUCUUUUCAUUAUACAGAUGCGAUGCUGUUACUUAAUUUUUAAAUGUACGAGUGCGUUAAUUAAAUAAGUUUAUUUUUUAA